GUGACAACAAUAUUUUUAUUAAAAUCGAAAAGAAUACUACUCUACUUCUCCGUGCUUUCUUUUUGGUUUUUUGACAAUCAGUCGUAUUCUUGGUAUUCUGACUGAUUGAGGUCUUGGCGUCGGUGAUGGAGGUGGCAUUGCUGAUGAUGGCGGUCGUUUCGCUGGUGAUGAUAGGGAACCUGUUGGUGAUGGCGGCGGCAGUAUUAUCUUCCUCAGAGUGUCCAACAUCUUUCUCAGGGUGUCCAACAUCUUCAAGUGUCCAACAUCUUCCUCAGAAUGUCCAACAUCUUUCUCAAGUGUCCAACAAGCAUCUUUCUCAAGGUGUCCAACAUCUUUCUCAGAGUGUCCAACAUCUUUCUCAGAGUGUCCAACAUCUUUUUUUUUCAAGUGUCCAACAUCUUCCUCAGAAUGUCCAACAUCUUUCUCAAGUGUCCAACAUCUUUCUCAAGGUGUCCAACAUCUUUCUCAAGGUGUCCAACAUCUUUCUCAGAGUGUCCAACAUCUUCCUCAGAGUGUCCAACAUCUUUCUCAGAGUGUCCAACAUCUUUCUCAGAGUGUCCAACAUCUUUCUCAAGUGUCCAACAUCUUUCUCAGGGUGUCCAACAUCUUUCUCAGAGUGUCCAACAUCUUUCUCAAGUGUCCAGCAUCUUUCUCAAGGUGUCCAACAUCUUUCUCAGAGUGUCCUGUUGUAUAUGUGUGAGUCUUAAUAUGUAACGAGACAAAACGUAAGAAUUUUUAGAGACGUUGGGUACUAACAAAUUUUUGUUAAAUAACAAGUUAAAUAACAAAAAUUUGUUAGUUGCACCAAAAAAUAACAUCUGACUUUCAAGUCCAAAUAUGGAUGGA